AGCCUUUUAUGGCACCUUGACACAUGCGACAUUUUCCGGGACGGUUUUUUCGUGAUAAUUUCGCAUGAUUUCUUCAGCAUUUUCUCAAUUGUAAAAAUAUCCUAGAAGCAACAGCACCAUGUCCCUUCGGCUCAACCUUUCAGCUCUCACAAGAGGUGUCCUGAUCAACAGACCACGACUAUGGAAAAGUUUUACCACGAGAUCCUCCCAAGACGGGUCUGGAGAUCCUCCAAAUGCUGGGAGUGCCAGUGGCGGAGGUUCUACUGUAAAUAUUCCCUCCCGGAAGAUUGUCACGCCGCUGCCGCCUUUGUCAGAGCCCGUGGAAAAUCUGCAGGAAGUGCAGUACGCUACAGUGACUCCGGAACAGAACACCACUCACGUUACCACCUUGUCCAAUGGCCUGAGAGUGGCCUCAGAGAGCAGAUUCGGGCAGUUCUGCACCAUUGGGGUGGUAAUAGACUCUGGGGCGAGGUAUGAAGUGGCCUAUCCGAAGGGAGUGUCACAUUUUCUGGAGAAAUUGGCUUUCCAGUCCACGGAAAACUAUCCGGACAAGGAUAAUAUCCUGAAGGAAUUGGAGAGACACGGUGGAAUCUGUGAUUGUCAGAGUAGUCGCGAUACCUUCAUCUAUGCAGCCUCUGUGGACAGUCGUGGCCUGGAGAGUAUCACCAGGAUCUUGGCGGAUGUUGUCCUGAGGCCUAGUCUGCAGAUGGAUGAGAUUGAUAUAGCCCGACAGACGAUUCUGUUUGAACUGGAGUCUCUGAAGAUGCGUCCUGAACAAGAUCUCAUUCUGACAGACAUGAUUCAUGCUGCAGCCUACAGAGAAAAUACCCUGGGCUUCCCCAAGCUCUGCCCAGAGCCCAAUGCCAGUGUCAUCGACAGGAAUACCCUGCUGAGCUACUUGAAGCUCCAUCACACUCCGUCGAGGAUGGUAGUGGCAGGAGUUGGAGUGCCUCAUGAUGACCUGGUCAGGUAUGUUGAAAAAUACUUUGUGGACACUCCAGCGACGUGGGAGACGGAAAAUACCAAGACAAGGGGCCCCAGUGCAGCAGAUACUUCGCUGGCUCUGUACACAGGAGGCUCGAAGCUGGAGGAAUGCGAGAUUCCAAUCUAUGCAGCUGCAGGACUUCCUGAAUUGGCUCAUGUGGUCAUUGGGCUGGAAGGAUGCUCUCACAGAGAUCCAGACUUCAUCCCUGCCUGCGUUCUCAACAUCAUGAUGGGCGGUGGAGGAUCUUUUUCAGCCGGAGGUCCAGGAAAGGGAAUGUACACGAGACUCUACACAAAUGUCCUGAACAGAUUCCACUGGAUGUACAGCGCAACAGCCUUCAAUCAUGCCUACAACGACACCGGGCUGUUCUGCAUUCACGCCAGUGCUCCUCCAUCGCACGUCCGUGGCAUGGUCGAAGUCCUGACGAAGGAGCUAGUCACAAUGGCCACAGCUCCCGGAGAGCAAGAGCUGCGCCGGGCCAAGACACAACUCCAGUCAAUGCUACUGAUGAAUCUGGAAGCCAGGCCGGUUGUCUUUGAGGACAUUGGCCGACAAGUUCUAUCCACAGGUCACAGGAAGCGUCCCGAGGACUUUAUCCGGGAAAUCGAACAAAUCCGAUCGGAAGAUAUUAUGCGCUUUGCCAAGAGACUCUUGUCAUCGAAGGCUGCUGUUGCUGCCCGUGGCGAGAUCAAGGGUAUUCCAAACAUUGACGAUAUUCAAUCGGGCCUGGGUAAUGGAGAAGGACGUCUUCCCAACAGCAAAAGACUCUCACUCUUCCGCUGAAGCGCCAUCAAUUAACUUGUAUAUAAAUUAAAGGGAAUUUCAGUC